GAUUUCCCACCGCUGCGUUUUUCUCAGACCCGCCUUCACAUCCGCUUUCGUCACUUCCUUUUAUCAGAAAAUAUGGCGUUAUUUCUAAGGAUGGUGGCCCGCCAGGGUCUGUGUUCAUCACGGGCACAACUCUGUAGGCAUGCUGUUCCAAUGGGAACCUCAGCAAAAGAGGAGAUGGACAAAUUUUGGGCCAAAAACUCUCAACUCAACAGACCCCUUUCUCCUCAUAUAACCAUUUAUAGGUGGUCAGUCCCCAUGGUGAUGUCAAUCACUCACAGAGGAACAGGCGUAGGGCUCAGCGCAGGUAUUUCUGCUUUUGCGGCUGCUGCACUAGUGUUGCCAGGGAGUUUUCCUUACUACCUGGACCUGAUCCACUCGUUGUCCAUGGGCCCAGCUCUCAUCACCUUAGCCAAAUUCGCCCUGUCUUUCCCAGUGGCCUUCCACUCUUACAAUGGCAUUCGCCACCUGAUGUGGGAUGUCGGGAAGGGCUUUAAGAUCCCUGAAGUCUACCGUUCUGGUUACAUCGUCAUUGCACUGUCCAUUGCCACGUCAGUCGCCUUGACUGCACUCUGAACCCAAUGUUGUAAAGGAAAAAAAGCAGAGUGUGAAUUUGUAGAGUGGCAGAAACAGAAGAAGGAUGAGAUGUUUUUGUUUGUGUAUAUUGAUACCCCUCUUGACCCUCAUUCAUCAAUAAAGUAAAUUAAUUAAUGUUUA